AUGCAUGCCACAACCAGUCCAGCGCUAGUCCUCCUUUUUUCCAUAUGCACCACUUUCUUCCUUACCGGCAGUGAUGGGAGAAGAAGCUGCCUCCCUGUCGAGAGGGACGCCUUGCUAGACUUCAAGAAGGGCAUCACAAGUGACCCCGUCAACCUCCUAUCUUCAUGGCAUGGUGAAGACUGCUGCCAGUGGAGAGGCGUCAGGUGCAGCAACGAGACAGGCCACGUCCUCAAGCUUUCCAUCCGUAAUCAGAACGCCGACACUCCCAAUGGUUGUGAGGAUGACAAUGCUUUAUCCGGCAAGAUAAGUCCCUCUUUACUUUCCUUGACACAACUAGUGCACAUGGACCUUAGCAUGAAUUGCUUCACGGGACAUGUACCGUCGUUCUUGGGCUCAAUGAAAAGGUUGCAAUAUCUCAACCUCUCUGGUUUAGUAUUCAAUGGUGAAGUGCCGCCUCAGCUUGGAAACCUAUCUAGGUUGCAGUAUCUGGACAUUAGCUCCAAAUAUACCGAAUUGGACAUUUACUCAACGGACAUCACCUGGUUAAAAAAUCUACCUAUGCUACAAUACCUAAGCAUGUGUGGUGUAAAUCUCUCAAGAAUAUCAGACUGGCCACAUGUGCUAAAUAAUAUUCCAUCUCUAAAGGUCAUUGAUCUUUCGUGCUGCGCCCUUGAUAGUGCAAACCAGUCCAUUCCAUAUCUGAAUCUCACAAAAGUCGAGAUUCUUCGUCUCCAAGGGAAUUCUUUUCACCAUGAAAUUGCAUCUUGUUGGUUUUGGAAGGUGACAAGCCUUAGAUACCUUGAUCUUAGAUUUAACAAGUUUUUUGGCCAAUUUCAUAAUGCAUUAGAAAAUAUGAGAUUCCUCCGAAUCCUUGAUUUGUCAUCGAAUCUAGACAACAACAUUGAGAUGAAAGGAAACUUUAAGAAUCUCUGCAGUUUGGAAAUCCUAUACCUUACUCAGAACUUUAUGAAUGGGGAGAUAGCAGUGUUGAUGGAGUGGUUGUCACAUUGUGCACAGGAUAUACUAAAGGAGCUGCAUCUUGAUUAUAAUAAUUUCAUUGGAGCCUUGCCAAAUUUGAUUGGGCGCUUCACCAGCUUGACCUUACUUGACCUUUCCCAUAACAACCUCACUGGGAGUAUUCCACCGGAGCUUGGUAACUGUUCUUCUUUGGUCACCCUUGAUCUCUCCAACAACAACCUCACCGGGAGUAUUCCACCAGAGCUUGCUAAUUGUUCUUCUCUAGUCACCCUUGAUAUAUCCACUAAUCAGCUGAGGGGUACUGUACCGACUGAACUUGGUGCAUAUGCUAAUUUGACUUCGCUGGUUCUAAGCAGCAACAAUUUCACUAGUGUCAUCACUGAAGAGCAUUUUGCUGGUUUAACAAGCUUAAAAAAAGUUGACCUUUCAUCAAACAAAUUGAAGGUUGUAGUUGAUAAAAGUUGGCUUGCUCCCUUCAGCCUGAAUGUUGCACUAUUUGGAUCUUGCCAGAUGGGUCAUGUGUUCCCUGCUUGGCUUCAGCAGCAGCUAGAAAUAACUAAACUUGACCUUUCAAGAUCAGGUCUAGAGGACAACAUUCCAGAUUGGUUCUGGUCUACGUUUUCACAGGCCAUAUAUAUCGACAUCUCCAACAACAAAUUAGGUGGCAGCUUGCCAGCACAUUUCAGUGAUAUGGCUGUUGAACAAUUGUACCUUAGUUCGAACAGGCUUAUUGGACCAGUACCACCACUGCCAAGAAAUAUCUAUAUUUUAGACAUUUCCAACAAUUCAUUUUCAGGAACACUGCCAUCUGAUCUUGAAGCGCAAAAACUCCAGACCUUGCUUAUGUACUCAAAUCAAAUUGGUGGCACCAUUCCGGGAUCCUUGUGUAAAUUGGGUGGGUUGGUAGACUUGGAUCUGUCCAACAAUCUUUUCGAGGGUGAAAUACCCCGAUGUGUUGAGACUGAAUCCAGUCCAUCCUUAGAAUUUCUGCUGGUAAGCAAUAACAGUUUGUCAGGACCAUUCCCAACAUUUUUGUAUAACUGCCCAGGUUUGCAGUUCUUGGACCUUGCAAGGAAUAACUUCUCUGGAAGCUUACCUCCAUGGAUUGGGAAUCUGAGUAGACUACAAUUUCUGCAACUAAGUGGCAAUACAUUUUCUGGUAAUAUUCCAGAUGAAAUCAGAAACCUCAGCCAACUGCAAUAUUUGGAUCUAUCAAGCAAUAACUUGUCUAGUGUUAUACCUCAGCAUCUAUCAAAUUUGACAGCAAUGACAUUGAAGAGGAAGAGCUACAUAUCAUCAUUUAAAGGACAAUGGAGGCCUUAUAUUAUUGGAGAUAAAAAUAGUCUGUUGAUGGUACAUGUAUCUGGUCAAUUUGGAGAAAUCAUUUCAAUAAUUACAAAGGGACAACAACUUAGAUAUGGUGGAGAAUUGGCAUAUUUUGUGAGCAUUGAUUUGUCAGGAAACUCCUUGACCGGUGAGAUUCCCUCAUGUAUUACUUACCUAGAUGGUUUAAGAAACCUAAAUCUAUCAUCAAACUUGCUGCGUGGAAAUAUUCCUAGCAAUAUUGGGGCCAUGCGGACAUUGGAAUCACUUGACCUGUCCAAGAACAAAAUUUCUGGUGAAAUCCCACCGAGCAUAUCAAAUCUGACAUCCCUGAGCUACAUGAACUUGUCCUACAACAAUUUAUCUGGAAGGAUACCAUCAGGCCGGCAACUUGACACCAUCAGUGCGGACAACCCCUCGCUUAUGUAUAUCGGAAACAGUGAGCUUUGCGGACCCCCUCUUCAAAAUAGUUGUUCAGGAGAAGAUGAUGUCAUCCAUGGCGAUCAAAGAAGUAGGCAGGAACAUGACCCGAUGUCCUUUUAUCUUGGCCUUGUACUGGGACUUGUUGUGGGGUUGUGGGUGGUAUUUUGCGCCCUGCUGUUCAAAAAGACAUGGAGAAUAUCUUAUUUCCAGUUCAUUGAUAAGUUGUAUGACAGAAUAUAUGUUUUUGUGUUUGUAAAGUGGGCGGUCUUGACUAGGAAGCAAGAUAAAUAA